CCAUUCCCUGUGGAACCCAAUGAAAACCAUAGGAGCAGGCUGGGGUUAAAGUCUGCGGCUCCCUGCCCUCCCCAGCCUGGCAGCAGGGCUGUUACAGCCCAGGAGAGGGAAGCGGCCUGGGGCAGCAGGCGUGCGCCCUAGAGAGCAGGGCUCUGGAUGCUGGAGAAGCAGGGAGCCCCCUGCACUCUGCAGACCCAGCGAUGAUGACGGGGAAGGUUCCCUCCUCCCCCAUCUCCACAGUGAGCUCUGCUCUGCCCGGCUACAUCGCUCUCUGCCUCACCCUACAAGUGCAGAGGCUGGUGUCAGCACAGUUCACAGUGACUGGACCUGAUCGUCCAAUCACAGCAUCUGUCGGUGGGGAGGCCGUCUUGCCCUGCCACCUCUCCCCUAGGAUAAGUGCUCAGAGCAUGGAGGUGAGAUGGGUCCGAUCCCAGCACUCUGCAGUUGUGCACCUGUACCAAGAUGGGCAGGAUCGGUAUGAAAAUCAGAUGUUUGAAUAUCAAGGAAGGACAGAGCUGCUGAAAGAUCACAUCACCAACGGAAGUGUUUCCCUGAGAAUACGUGAUAUCCAACCUUCUGAUGAGGGCCAGUACACUUGUUUAUUUCAAUCGCUUACCUUUUUUCAAGACGCGUCAAUGCUCCUGCAGGUGGAAGGUUUGGGCUCUGGCCCUGACAUCUCUGUCGAGGGACAUCAGGACGGAGGGAUCAAGGUUGUGUGUCGAUCAUCCGGAUGGUACCCACAGCCCGAGGCCCAGUGGAGAGAUCUCCAGGGGCAGCUCUUACCAUCAGCCUCUGAAAACAUAUCCCGAGAGGCCAAUGGCCUGUUUCAAGCAGAGAUUGCCAUUCUUAUAACAGAAGAGUCCAACCAGAAAGUGUCCUGCUGUGUUAGGAACCCGCGUGUCAACCAGGAAAGAGAGUCAACAAUUUACAUAGCAGAUCUCUUUUUCCCACUGGUCUCUCCCUGGGUGGUGGCUCUGGUAGUGAUCCUGGCUCUUGUUAUUGCCCUGGCCAUCUACUGCAUCUGGACACAACGCAGAGCAAAAGAGACCCUGCAAACUGAUAUGAAGAAACAGAAGGGGAUUCUGCUAACUGAAAUGGAGCGUGAGAAAGAGAGACUCCUAUAUGAACUGGAGAAACAGAAAGAGGCACACCUUGCAGAGAAAGAAAAACAUCUUUCAGAGAAAGCGGAAUAUGAGGCAAUGGCAGAACAAACACGUGACAGAACCCAAAGAUUCACAGAGACCCUGCAAUCUGAACUGGGGAGAGAGAAAGAGACCCUGGAAUCUGAACUGGAGAGACAGAAAGAGGCACACCUUGCAGAGAAAGCCAAACUCCAGGCUGAGAUCAGGUGGAGAAGCGCCCAGCUCUACUCAGUGGAUGUGACUCUGGAUCCCAACACAGCAAAUCCCUACCUCAUCUUGUCUGGGGAUCGGAAAUGUGUGACACACCGAGAUGAGCACCAGGAUCUGCCUGACAAUCCUGAGAGAUUUGAUACUAUGGCGGUUGUCCUGGGCGCUGAGGGAUUCACAGGCGGGAGACAUUACUGGGAGGUGGAGGUUGGAGAAAAAAAUAUCUGGACCCUGGGGGUCUGUAGGGAAGAUGUGAGCAGGAAGGGGCAUAUUCUGUUUGUACCAGAGAAUGGAUACUGGACAAUAUGGCAGCAUGCUGAUCAAUUAAUGGCCAAUACCUCCCCCACGACCUUCCUUCCUGUGAGCGUCAGGCCCAGACGACUGGGGAUUUUCCUGGACUAUGAGGCGGGCGAGAUCUCCUUUUACAAUGUGACUGACAGGUCCCAUCUCUUCACUUUCACUAACACCUUCUCUGGGGUACUCCGCCCUUACUUCAAUCCUGAAUACAAUAAAGGGGGUACAAAUAUGUUUCCCCUGAUAAUCUGCCCAGUCCCAGCUCAGGCUGGAGGGAGUCUCUGUCCCUGACAGUGACACCUGCAGCAGAGACUGUCCCCUCCCAGCGCUGACCAGCCCCCAGGCCUGUUUCCCUGGGGGGAAAGGCCAUCCCAUCCCCUCUCAGUUCCCAGCAUCAGGCCUGUGAGCUGCGGAAGGGGAGGGGGCAGAAAAGUGGGUGGGGGCUAGGAUUGCCAGCCCUCCAGAAUUCUUGUGGAGUC